GGUCAAUAUAAUGGAUACUCUGUGAUCAUAUCGAUCAAAUUCAGUUUAGUAGUGGUGUGGGUGUUUGCGUUUAAUCCACUAGAUGGGGAACUUUUCUCUUUGUUUACCCCGCCCAAACGCCAUUACGUUGGUCUCCGACGUUGCGUCAACUCUGAAUCGAAGUUGGCUAGCUAGAGUGAGCCAAGCGUACUUUCCCUAUUCUCUGUGUUCAAAUAAACAUGUUGUACAUAGCUAGACUGUUUUAAAUGUUAUCUUUGAAAUAAUCAGAAAAUCAUUAUUUUCAAAGCAACCAACGACAACUGUUGGAUCGAAAUCUUCGUCUCAUCCAGCGUUUAUAAAUGAAGCAAUAGCUGCCUGCUACGUUAGCUAGCUAACAAGUGACAAUUUACAAAGAAGGUAAACAAACCAACCGCUAGAGGUUGGAGAGUGGGAUGUGGAUAUAAUGUAUGUAAUCUGACGUGUUUUUUGCUAAAUGGACCAUGGAGGACCUUUGCCACACGAGGACUCAAAUGUCGUUUAACGAGAUGAAAAAUAGAGAGACAUUCCAACAGCAACGUCGCUACUGAAAAAACAGUAACGUUACCAUUCCUGAAUCCCUCACCAAUUUACACGGUGAAGGCCUGAUGCUAGUUUUUAGCUAGCUAACUGCCCCCUAGCCCAUCAAAUCCACCCUGGCAACAGCCGUUCCCUGGAAACGUCACCGUUGUCACACAGGAUUUGGAUGAUGCUGAUACUGAUGCACCUGAGAGAGUACCCUCCUGUCUAAGACACAACCAGCUGGAUUUAAAACACCCUCUCCCAGCCCUCCCCUCAGCACCCCCAUCUCCUGCACCUGAACCAUGUGAGGGCCCCUCGCUCUACUUUGAGGGGAUCCCAGGACUGUUGUGUAAAAGCAGCCGUUGAGCGGGGCCAGAGUGAACCUGUGUGCGAGCAAGCAGUCUUCCCCCUAACCCCCACCCACAUAUUUCCGCCCCCUUCCCGUUGGGAACGCGCCAUGAUGUUCCGAGACCAGGUGGGCAUCCUGACUGACUGGUUCAAGGGCUGGAACGAGUGUGAGCAGACGGUGGCGCUGUUGUCCCUGCUGAAGAGAGCAUCUCGUACCCAGGCCCGCUUCCUGCACAUCUGCCUGGAGCACUGGCUGGCAGACUGCACUGAGAUCCACAUCCUGGAGGCUGAGGCCAAUAAUGCAGACAUUGUGAGCCAGUGGCACCUGGAGCCCAUGGAAAAGGCGGUGUCCCUGCUGCUGUCCCACCUACCCCUGCUGCAGCCCCGCAACAGCGAGGCCAAGUGUGAGUACAUGAAGCUGCUGCAGAAGGUGCUGAGUCACACCAUCGAGAGCAGUCUGUUUGUGGAAGAGAGCAGACAGCUGCUGUCCUACGCCCUCAUCCACCCGGCCACCACCCUGGACGACCGCACCUCUCUGGCCAUGUGGCUCAACCACCUGGAGGAGCACCUCUCCAGCGGCUACCCAGCGCCCUCCCGGCCCCCCUCUGGCCCCUACCACCCCCGCCAGGGCUCAGAUGAGUGGCCGGGCUCCGCAGAGGUCCUGGACCCUGGCCAUGGCUGGCUGGACAAGCCCCCCUCCUCUAGCUCCUCCCCUGCAGGGCAGAACGGACACAUGUCAUUCCAAGGUGGGAUGCCCUCGCCCAUCAACAGCAACAACGCAGGCAUGGGUCAGAUGGGCCAGCCCAGUCCUCUGAAGAGGUCCUCGUCCCUAAUCCCCUCCAGUACCCAGGUCUGUGGCGCAGAUUGGCUGAACCAGGAUGACCUGGGUGGGCGAACGGCCUUUGACCACGCCCCCCUGUCCCCCCAGAGUAGUGUGGCAUCCUCAGGCAGCGAGCAGACUGAGGACCAGGGCUCCAGAAACACCUUCCAGGAGGAUGGCAGUGGCAUGAAAGAUGUGCCCAUGUGGCUGAAGAGCCUCCGUCUUCAUAAGUACGCAGCACUUUUCUCCCAGAUGACUUAUGAGGAGAUGAUGAUUCUGACAGAGCACCACCUGGAGUCACAGGUUUGUCAUCGUUUGUCACAGAAUGUGACCAAAGGUGCGCGGCACAAGAUAGCCCUGAGUGUCCAGAAGCUACGAGAGAGGCCAAGCGUUCUCAAGUCUUUAGAGAAGGAUAUAUUGGAGGGGGGCAACCUGCGUAACGCCCUACAGGAACUACAGCAGAUUAUCAUCACCCCUAUCAAGGUCUACAGCUACAGCCCUCCCAGUGUUUCCCACAGAGAUAUGGAGGGGAGUGGAUCCCCCUCAGACCACACCAACCUUGGGGAGGACAAGGACCUGGCCCAGGAGGGCUUCCAGCACCACCACACCCCUCCCUGCGACGGAGAGUCCUCAGCCACACCCAUCUCAGACGGCGACAUUGCUGGCCAGUUCACGCGUGUCAUGGGUAAAGUGUGCACUCAGCUACUGGUGUCCAGGCCGGACGAAGAGAAUAUCAGCUGUUACCUGCAGCUCAUUGAGAAAUGUCUGACACAUGAGGCUUUCACAGAGACUCAGAGGAAGAGGCUGGUCUCCUGGAAGCAGCAGGUUCUCAAGCUGCUCCGCUUGUUCCCAAGGAAAGCCAUGCUGGACAUGCCUGUGUACCGACAGAAAGGCUGGGCAUAUGGUUCCAACUCCCUCCCCACAGCAGGCUCUGUGAGUGCUGGGGGUCUGGCACGUAGGGGGCAGAGGGCAUUCCAGAUGCCCCCUCGUCUCCCUGCCGGGCGCAUGGGGCUCCUGAGUCCAGGUGGCAUCGGGGUUGCCUCCCCACGCCACACCCUCACCAGCCCCACACUGCCAGGCCAGGGCAGACAGAACCUGUGGUUUGCCAACCCUGGGGGCAGCAACAGCAUGCCAAGCCAGAGUCGCAGCUCCGUGCAACGGACCCACUCACUCCCUGUCCACACCUCCCCGCAAACCAUGCUCCUGUUCCAGCAGCAAGAAUGCCAAGUUCCAGGUGCAGACCUGGAGAUCAACCCCACGCUGGAGUCACUGUGCCUCAGUAUGACAGAGCAUGCCUUAGGAGAUGGAAUUGACCGAACAUCAACAAUUUGAAAAUAAAAGCAGUGAAAAGAAGAAACCAAACCGACACUUCACUUCAACUGAGGCCUGUUCAGUUUCUCUUGCCCAGCACAAAAAUAUAUGCUUAAAAAACAAAGCAAAAUGGUCACUACAAAACGACAACUGUAUAUGUUCUCUGAUAUUUUUCUACUUUAUUAUACUUAACUAAGUUUAUUAUAAAUGGAAUACAGAUGACUAUUAUAUUACAGGAGGGAGAAGAGGUUACUUGUGCAACAUGCUCAAUGUCUUCUGCAGGACUGUGACAUUAAAACGAGCAGAAUGAGGCUCAGAUUGUUGAGAUUUGAGAGGAAAAUGGAGGAUUGGUGCUGUCCUAAGGGUGUUCUAUCUUACAUGUUUCUCCCCUUUUCCUCCCAGAAACACGCAGAGCCACGCCUCUCACCCCCAGAUACUGUAACUGUACCGCCAGGGUCUCCCGACCAGGAGUAAGGCACUUGGCCUCCCACACACUCUGUGGAAUUGGGAACUAGAACAGCGAUUAAUCACACACGACCAGCCUGUAGCGCUGUUCUGAUCCUAAAACACAACUACAGCUGUCUACACAACCACCCUACCCAGCUACAGCCAGAGCUAGUUAGGCCCUAUACGUAGAGACACCCAACACCCUGGCUCAUUCCCCUCACGUACCCAGCAUGGGUUUACCCCCAACAUGGGUAUUACCGGCUCUGACACCUUUCCACCUCUACUAGGCCAAAGAAAAGGGCUCUCUGUGAAUCCCUAUGCUAGAAUGAUUUUUGGAGUGGCCAAUGUGACAGUAUGCAUGGUAAUUGUUAAAAGAAUGGCGGUUUGAAGGUAACGCGUCGGCUGGAACUUGUCUGCAUUGAUAUUUUGUUCCCUACUACAAAAAUGAUGAUGAAUCUCAUUUGCAAGUUAAGCGCCGAGGCAAACCCCACAGGAUUGAAUAAGGGUUGAUGAGGUUUGUUCUAUGUGGGGCCUGAGUGAGAAAUUGCAUUGGUAAAGAAAAUGGAAAAAACUAUUCCAAGAGGGGAGCUGUUGGUGCAUCUGUUUUCAAGUAGUUACCUCACUAUGUUAUGCUUUGUGAGGAACCUUAAUGAAUUCCGUUUCUACCCUGAGGUCCCAUUUAUGAUUGGCUCUGAAAAAUGCAAAGGAAGCGCUGUCUCUGCCUCUCAGAAUGAACCAGUACCCACCUCCUCACCCUGCCCUCUACUCAACAUGGCCAGUGUAGAGAUUUGAUGAAUCAUAAUUUUUAAGUAGCCAGAAUAGAUUCUACCCUACGCUUACUUACAGUUUAAGAUUACAGAUUAAGACAUGGCGGAAACGUCGUGAGCUAUGGCUCGGGGGAACGUACCUCAAUCCAGGGAUGAGAAAUGCGUUUGUAGAAUAUUGAACGACUGAUAGUUUUUAAGUAAACUGCUGUUUUCACCCUCAGUAGCCACAACAGCCAUUAUGGACUGGCAUGUCGCGUUGAACAACAAUGGAGCUGAUUGGCUGACACUGCCAUUCCAAAAUGGCUGCUGUGGCUUCUGCUACUUACCACGAGGACGAAACUAGCAGUCGUUCAAUAUUCUCGGUGUAACAGUUGGGAUAAUGGGACAAUCCGGUGUACAACGCAUUUCUCAUCCCUGGAUUGAGGUACGUUUUCCGAGCAACAUCUCACACCGGCUCUGCAGUGUCUUAAUCUAAACAGGAAGCCUGUCCGACCCCAGUGCAGCUGUAAGAAAGCGUAGGGUAAGAAUCUAUUCUGGCUAACUUUUUAAGGUGCUUGAAAUAUGUCCUGUUUGGAUCUCUUUGUGUUCCAAUUGUAAAACCCUAACAUUUAUUUAGUGGUAUCAGUGUUGAAUCAGAAACUCCUAUACAACCUCUGUCUUUGAAUGUGGCAGAGCGGAGGUGCAUGUAUGUAUAUGGACUUAACGUUUGGAUCACCUUUUGGUUGCAUCACGAGGCAGGGAUAUCCAUUCGCAUUUUAUUUCUGCAGAGCCAUGGCUGGUCUGUUUCUUUAGUAAACAUGGUUAUUUACAAGCUUGACUUUUCAACUUUUUUUACUACUCUCCCUUAAUAUUAAUAACUUGUCCAUUUUUCCUAUAAUUGCAUGUUUUCCCCCACACUUAUUGAACGAUUAUUGUAGAUAUUGCGAGUGGGCAGUGUUUGCACAGUCAAAGUAGUGCUCAAUGUCUACAAAUCCUCCAGAGAGCAGAGAUGAUGGGACUGGAGUUCAAUGUUGAUACCUCCUAAUAGCACUGUUUACCUCCCUCUGGGAGUGCCCAUUUCAUGUUCUGUGAUGUGUAAUUAUGGGUCUGAAAAUGACUGUUGGCACUUCCGUGCUCAUUAAUAUACUGUCUCUUCAGUAUGUAAGGCCUAAAGCGCGUAGCUAAGCCUUCUAACACGUGAGCUAGCUGGGUAGAGAAUGACAGAUGCCUUUUACCACCUCAGCUGCUUAUCUACUUGCUGUAAUCAUCAUUCUCACUAGACUAGAUACUGUCUAGUGAGUGAGACCUGUAUGAGGGUAUGUUGUUGUACCCUCUGCUCUGUGCUCCUGAAGUUUUUGAGUGACAAGAGAAGACUGACAUUGCCUGGCCUUGUGUGUUUGAACUGUCAGAUGCAGCAGGCUGAUAGACCGUUGAUAUCACCUGAAAUGCAGUGACAGCUUCCUCUCUCUGAUUGGCUAUUGAGCCAGAGUAGUGUCCUAGUCGUCAUGGUUUUCCUCUGAGCUGGCUCUUGGAUAGAUCUGACUUUAUGAAUAGAUUCAUGCUCACUAAGAGAGUCGAAUGGUUUAAAAAAUGUUCACAAAUUUCAGAUUCAGAUAGGCAACUAAUGAUCUCAAUCUAAGCUAUUAAACUGAGAAUACAUUUUUACUAGCAUGACAUGUAAUAUGGCUCAGGUUGUAAUUUCUCUCAAUGCAUACAAUGGCACCUGAAGUAAGUCCUCCAUGUAGGAGGUAGCCAGUCCACUUGUAGAAAAGGCUUAGUUCUUUAGGCCAGGCUAAAUUGAGUCUGUUCAUGCCAGGGGUUUGGGAUGCAGAGAGGGAUGAAAUGGCCAAUCUGAGCCAUAAUAUGUGAGUUUGAGUCUAGCCUAACACUAACAACUGGCCAAGGAAUAUGUUUACCCCAUGUUUACAUUCCAGUGAAAUGGGUUAGAAAGUGCACUUCAUGAGUCUGGCUUUAUUUUCACAUGCCAAGCAGAAUUAUGAGGUACAUAGCCAGCCUGUCAUACAUGAGACUCCUUCUCUCCAGUGGUCUUUCAGAUGUGGUCAAUGUCCCCGCCUGGCAUAAUAAAUAAGCAGUACGUUGUAGGCUUUUUUUUGCGUCUCUGUCUUGUACAAUAUAUAUUUAAUUCUGACUCUCCAAACAUUUUUCUAAUGUUUUAUGGAUGAACAGUUUGCAUCCCAUGCUUACACACUCUACUUUUUUACUGUCACACAUUGUUUGAAUAAUCUGAAAUACAGCAUUGAUCAGAUAGACAGUCCAAAUAAAGGAGUUACAUUUUUUUGCUACGUGA